CGAAAUCAAAAAUAUAACCAAUCAAAUGAGAGAUUAGAACUUUGACUUGGCAUAUUUUUGUUUACAAAUGGAGGAGGUGAUACCAGUCUAGUUUUCAGUCUUUUUUGAAAAAUGAGUCAAGAGAAUUUUAACAAGUCUGGAAAUCACAGCAGCAGAAAUAGUCCUCCCCAUUUACCUCCAGAGUCACCAGGCAGCUCAGUGUCAUCAUUCUUGCAGAAUGAAUAUGCUGAGCUGUUAAAGUAUGCUGUGGGACUUCCUGGCGCUGACUUAGCAUCAAGAGCCUUUGACAUGCCUGAACAAACUAAAGUUUUUCAGCCCAUAGUCAUUAGCCGAUCGCAAAGUUCCAGUGCCAGACAAACACCAUUGUAUGGGAAUGAUGGUGUAGAGUCCAACAAUAUGAAUACCAACUCAGUCUAUCCCACUCUCUUGUCCAAUGAUGAGGAACUAGGCUCACAGUGUGAGGACGAUGACAUGAAUUUCAACAAAGGGAAAAAAGUGAAAGCUAAAACAGCUACUACAACUAAAUGCACAAUCUCGGACCCAGCUGUGCAACAAAUGUCUGGCAAGUUAGACGGUUGGCUGGGAAAGUUAAAGUGUGACAUAUUGGAAGAACUCUGUUGUUCUAUCAAUACUGCGUCCGCUUCAGCCUGUAUGCUCUAUCAGAAAGAAAAACAAGACCUAUGCUCAGAGAAAGAACGUCUUCAAAAGGAAGUGAACAGAAUCUCAGAGAUGCUGUGCACUAUGGAGAAGAGCCUGGCCAGGAAAGAUACAGUGAUAGAGAACCUCACGGGUGCUCUGGCCAAGGAGAAAGAGAAGCUGCACCUAGCCAAAGCAUUCUAUUCAUGCAAAGAAAAGGCUUUAGAUAAAAAGAGGGAGCAUUUUACAGAAAAAAUUGCAACCAAUUUUCAUGACAAUCAACUCACUCGAAAAGUUUUGAAAUGUUGGUUUGGGACCAUACAGCAGAGAUGGAAGGAGAGAACAGAGAAAAUAUGUGAGUCCAAAGCUCAAAACAUUUGCUCUGGAAUAGUUGGCGACUACGAAGAGAAAAUUAAAUGUCUGAAUCAGCAUAUUUCCUGUCUAGAAGACAAAAUACAAACACUGCAAUGUGAACAAGAGCAGUACAGCCAACAGGUGAAAAAGGCCUUUAUGCGUGGAGUCUGUGCACUCAACAUGGAAGCUAUGUCUGCAUUUGGUACAGAGGACACUUGCGCCAAAGGAAACAUCAACAUGUCUCACAACGUAAAUGCCAAUGCCAAUCAAAACCAGGACUUCCUGCAAUCAUACAAGCAUGAUGGCUCCCUAAAAUCUCUUCCUGUUGACCUGAGUAAUGGGCCAGAUCUCGCUAGUAGACAAGCUCAGUCUCUUCCAGUUUUUGCAUCAAGCUAUGAACAAAAGGCACAGACUUCAGGUCCAAAGGUGAAGUUAUUAACUGCAGCAUCCAUGCCUAGACCAACCAGUCAGGGAGCAACUCUAGCUCCGCCUAUGGCAUCAGUGGUAGUGGAGCGACAUGACCCCAUCACAAAGCAAACCAUUGGUAAAGCAACUGCUGUGCGAUAUCCAAAGAAGACUGGAAAAGAGGACAAACCACAGCGAGUAUAUAGUUCAGGGGUAGUCCCCAAGUCUCACCCAUUGACAAUGUUCAAACCUUUAGCUGGUCAAAUGCCACCAACCAUGACGUCAAUAAAAAUUGUUGAUUAGGUCAUAACGUGCAUUUUUCACAUUAGCAGCUAAAUUUAA